ACGUACUGUAUUGCAUUUUCAGAUGGCACCUAGUUUGAUGUUACCAAAAUUGCCAAUGACACCAUUUCGUGUAAUGGCAUUGGUCUUAGGUGUGGCAGCAGUUUGUCUCAUCUUUUCUGCUCUGACCACCUCUGGACGAGAGCAGAAAUUAGGGAAAGUCUUUGAUCAAAUUUCAAAGCCAUAUAAGCGUGACACCAGUGGCAGAACGAUGGCUGAACCCAGCUUCUGGCGUAACUUUGAUUUCACUUCUGAGAAGAUUCCAUCUCAAGUUACUAAUGCUGCCCCAUUGGUCAAAGUCACCAACAACACAAUUAAUAUAAUGGGGUCAAAUACUUUCUAUCGCGAGGCUCAGCCUCCAGAAGGUGUGGCUAGUAGCGGUGAGGUGGUAGUGCUCUUACAUGGUGCAGCAUUUCAAUCGAAAACAUGGCUUGACCUCAACACCAUUAACCUCCUGGCAGCUAUGGGACAUCACAUUAUUGCUGUUGACUUACCAGGGUUUGGGAAGACCCAAAGUGCACAGAUAGAUGAGCCAGCUGAUUAUCUGCACACUUUUAUGACCAGCUUAAGGAUUACUCAGGUUAUACUGGUGUCACCCUCAAUGAGCGGUAGGUUCUCCAUCCCAUUCAUCAUGAAGUAUCCUGAAGAUCUUGGUGGAUAUGUGCCAGUUGCACCUGUCUCUACUAGCCUCAUUGUUCCAGAUGCCUCCAAAUUAAGUGUUCCUACACUCAUUAUCUCUGGAGAGAAGGACCAAGGACUUGGGCAUACAUCUCGUGAUGACUUGUUGAACAUUCCCUCGUCUCAGCAUGUAGAAAUACCUGGAGCAAAACACCCAGCUUACCUUGAUGAUCCCAUUUUAUUCCACACACUCUUGUACAACUUUAUCAACCAAGUUCAUGCCCACAGAGCAAUAGCAUAAUGUAUUAUCCAGGGAAUGUUAUGAAUAUUUGACAAUGAUUACCAUCUUUAGUGUAAAUAACAGUUGCUACAAAAUAUUUUAGCAAUUUAAUGGUUAUUAAUUUCAAAUUUAUUACAAAAAUAGACCUAGGAUAACUUAAUUUUUGUUUUAAUAUUUUAUUAAUAGCCUAAUGUGUAAAUUUAUUUGCACAAUGGUACUAUUCAAACAAAACUUUAACGGAAAUAUGUAGGCAUCAAAGUAAUGUACACAUGAACAUGCUUAACUUUUUUCCAACCAUUAGACCAUACUCUCUUGAGCUGGACAAUUCAAUAUAUACUUUAGAAUGAACAGAAUGCUCUCCAGUGACAGGUAAUAUUUUGUGAAGGGAUUCAGGGAAACUGAUUAACAGGACUUGAGUUCUGACACCUCUGGCAAAACAAUAAUAGUGUGAAGGAUGGCAAGUUUUUUCUUUCUUUUGGGUCACCCUGCCUCAGUGUGAGACGUCCAGCAUGCUAAAAAAAAAAAAUAGUGGAAAGUGCCAAACCCAUAGGGGUCAUAGUGUGCCUGGGGAAUGGGAGAUAGUCAGGUACAAUCCAAGACAGAGAAUACAUCCAAUGAAUUGGAGUACGAGCCCCUCCCUGGUAUCGGGAAUCCAUCUUGAGGGAAACAAGCAGCUCUGUAUGACCCUUGUGGGUUUAGCACUUAGUUUUUAUUAUAAUUAUAAUUGACGGAAACAAAACUAUUAAAACAUUACCCAUGUAUCAUAAGCAUGUGAAGUUAAAAGAAAAUGAGUUUGUAUUUUGUAGCCUGGCAUUUCAAAAUGGUUAUAUAACAGGAGCUUCUCAAACAACCCUCACCUUCCUCUUGCUUUAAUUAUUUUUAUAAUCAGAGAAAGCACUAAACUGACAAGGGUCUCCUCUUGCUUUAAGUUCUUGAUUCCUAAGUAACCAACAUGCUCAAAUAUAUGUAUUGAUGGUUCUGACAAUCUAUGCAAACACUUAAGAAGCCUUUCCACGUACUCCAACAGCUUAUUUUGAAUACCUCUAGCAACAGAUCGGAGUAUGUCUAGCUCUUCUAAAAUUACUAAGUUUUAUGGCAUGCAUAUCAGUGCUGUAUGACCCUAAGUUGGUUUAGUAUGCAUAUGUCUGUAGUGGAGGGAAGAAGUGGUAGGGAUUGUCCUAGGAAAGGAUGGAGGGGGUAAAAGAGGUUUUGUGUGAAAGGGGCUUGGACAUACAACAGGCAUGUGUGAGCGUGUUAGAUAGGAGUGAAUAGAGAUGAAUGAUUUUUGGGACCUGGCGAGCUUUUGGAGUGUGAAUAGGGUAGUAUUUUAUGACGGGAUUCGGAGAAGGAGGUUAGCCAGACUCGAGACCUGGAGGUACAGUGCGUGCACUUUAAAGGAGAGGUUUGGGAUAUUGGCUGUUUGGGGUGACAUCUAAACUUGUAUCUGGGUGCCUCUGCAAAGAAUGUUGAAAAUAAUUUUUUUCUGUUUUGGGUCACCUUGCCUCGGUGGGAGAUGGACAACGUUGAAAAAAAAAAAAGAAAAAUGUUUAUUUAUAAACAGUAGUCAUCUGUAGUCUUGCCAGCAUCAACUAACAUUUCUGUUUACAGAAUGUGUGUGUCCUCAAGACUUGCAAAAAAAAAAAAAAAAAAAAAAAAAAAAAUGUAUCAAAGUUUAUUAAAACAAUUACUUACAUGCACACUUAUCUAAACCUUAAAUGUUAAAACCUGUCUUGAAUAUCCCACUUUGUUGUCUCGAGUAAUGCUUUUCAUACCACUGCAGAUCCUGCCACUAUCAUCUCUUGGAAUUGUUGGCUGGGGUAAAAUGUAGUGCGCCUAUUGAAGCUGGGAUAAAAAUAAAACACGCUACUUCAGUAGCUUUCUAAACAAUACUGAUGGCUGUCUAUUAGUCUACCCAGUCCAUACUUAGCAGCCAUGCAUAUUCAUGUCGUAAGCAGCACAAAAGCUCUCCUCAUUAUGCAAACCUCUAAAAGAGGUUAUUGUAGGGUACAGGUGGUUCCAAGCACACAUUUUCCCACUUCAUCCUCACUCCCUAAGAGAAAUUACUCUGAGAGCAUCAAGUCAGUAGGGAUGACUAUACAGCGAACAAUAUUGGUGAAAAAAAAAUGCAUAGAGGAAUGUUAUUGAAAUGUUUCACCUGUGGAACAAGCUUCUUCAGUGCAGGUAAAGCAUCUCACUAGUUCCUGUCUGCAGGUGUGCAUGUUUUCAUCACCUAUUGGCUUUGAGCCAUUUGUCUUCAGUAUGCAAUAUUGUUAAACUAGUAAAAAAGUAAUUUCACUGAUAUAUAUUUGUGUAUUGCACAUUAUAUUUUAUGUGAUUUCUAUGUAAGAUGAUUUGAAAUAAACCUUUUUUAAA